AGUCAGUCAGAGAAGACGGUAAAGACGUGUGCCUGGAUGUGCUGUACAUAAAAUAAAUCUACUGAAAGCAACGAAGUGUUUGGUGCAUUACGUAGUGUAUACACUGAUCUAUCUGAAUCUGAUGGCUUUAUUUAGCGUGAAACGGAGUCCGAUUCUCCCCGAGAAAUGAUAUUGUAAAAUCGCCGAAGAAGGUUCUUCGUUCGACCAACGAAUCGUUCAACAGAGGCCCCUUUUAGGACCGGUAGUGGAAGAUUUUGCACCAUUUUUUGUGGGUUCUUGCAUUAACGUGGCCCGGAGGUGCCCAGCUACAGCAUGAUCAUGGAGCAGCAAAAUCCAAAAUCUAACGAUGAGAGCGAACUCGAAGAUCCGGUCGAAAACAACACUUCUAUUCCGUUAAAACGAGAAGAGAUUGAAAUAAUAGAUACCCUGCCUGAAAUCGAGUUCGGACAGCCGUUAUCAGAUGCCGUCAGCUACCGAUGUGAACUCUGUGGCAAAGAAUUCCCAUCUACCUCUCUGCUUAGUCGUCAUCAAUGGAAUCAUCCUUACAUAUGUGAUUUCUGUGGAGGAGAGUAUUUUAAUUUCAUUGAGCUUAAGGGACACAUAAAAUAUCACAUGAAAAAAUCGCACAAAUGUGACUUAUGUGAAAAGGCAUUUUUCACAAUGACUCAACUCAGUAGCCAUAAGAAAUCUCACAUUGAUAAACCCUACGAGAACUGCAUAGAGGCUUACAUAUGUGAUUUUUGUGGUAAAAAUUAUAGUACGCGCAGACUGAUCCGAGAGCAUAUGAAAUAUCACAAGGAAAAAUCUCACAAAUGUGACGUGUGUGAGAAGGCAUUUUUCACAACCAGUGAUCUCAAAAAUCAUAGAAAACUCCACGAUAAACAAUACAUAUGUAAAUUAUGUGGAAAGAAAUGUAGUUUGGGUGAUCAACUAAAAAGGCACAUGAAAAUUCACUCGAGUGAAAAACAUUUCAAUUGUAUAGUGUGUGGGAAAGUAUUUGCUAUGUCCUGGGAAUUCGCGGUCGACAAUGGAAUAGAUAUGAACACAAACGAACUUUCAGCGUGUAGCAAACAUGAAUCUCUUCGCCUUAUUAGUAUAGCAUGUGGUGUAUGUGGGGAAGAAUAUCAUACAAUCGAAGAGCUUAAAAUACAUAAAAAAGCUAACCAUUCAAAAAUGCACAAAUGUGAUGAAUGUGAGAAAGCAUAUAGUAGAAAAUGCCGGCUCGUUGAACAUAAGAAAACUCACUCGAAUGAAAAACCAUAUGUGUGUGAAUUAUGUGAAGAGGGAUUCCACACACGUGAGCAGCUCAAUACUCAUAUGUUUAUUCACUGCGAUUACAAACCUUUCAAGUGUGAAGAGUGUAAAAAAUGCUUUCAGCAGCAUCGCCAACUCAUAUUACAUGAGCUUGAGCAUACGAAGCUCGUAAAAUACAAAUGUGAAGUGUGUGGUAAGGGAUUCGCAUUUUCGCAUGCUCUAGAACUCCACUGGACGGUUCACACAAACGAAAAACAGCAUAUAUGUGACGUUUGUGGAAAAGAAUUUCGUCACAAACACCACUUGAAAAAGCAUAUGUUUAUUCACACUAAUUAUAAACCUCACAAAUGUGAAGUGUGUGGCAAAGGAUUUUGUGUAAUAUAUUCCCUUCGAAAACAUGAGCGUGUACACGCAAAUCAUAAAACGCACAAAUGUGAAGUGUGUGGUAGAGAAUUUAGAAAGGACAGCCUCCUUCGAAACCAUAUGAAUGUUCACACAACCGAAAAACCGUACAAAUGUGAAGUAUGCGGAAUAGAAUUUCGCCUAAAGCGUGUCCUCGAAAAUCAUAUGUACUUGCAUACAAAAGAAAAACCGCAAACGUGUCAACUAUGUGGGAUAGAAUUUCAUCUUAAAAGUAGCAUCGACAAGCAUAUGUGCGAUCAGCCAAACGAAAAACCUCACAAAUGUGAAGUGUGUGGAAAACAAUUUCGCGAAACAAGGGUCCUAAAAAGGCAUGAGCUUCUCCACACAACAAACGAAAAACCAUACAAAUGUGAAGUGUGUGGAAAAGCGUUCCAUGAAAAGUACCGCCUCAAAAACCAUAUGUUUGUUCACACGAACGAUAGACCCCACAAGUGCGAAGUGUGUGGAAAAAAAUUUCGUAUUAAUUAUCUCCUCCAAAAUCAUUUGUUUGUUCACACAAAAGGAAAACCGUACCAAUGUGAUGUCUGUGGAAAAGAAUUUCAACAUCAACAUAACGUUAAGCGUCACAAGUCAUCAGUUCACUCGAAGUAAACUGACAAAAAAUGUCACAGUUGCUUUAUCGAAGCAAGCCAAAUCAUCCAUAAAUUAGUUUUCUCUGCCGAAAGUGAUGCUAUCCUGCUAAAAGCCCGCGUUGUUAUAAUUCUGUUUGACGCAACUUCAGAAGCGAUUUGUGCUGGCAGUGCUUCGGUCGAGGUAUACAUCUCAAACUCACUUCUCGCAGUGGUUCCUCAUUCAAUCAGUUUAGGAGCCAUCAAUGAUUAUGAGCCGGGAUAUCAGAUACAAUACCUAAAUACAGUACUGGUUUAAAUAAAGUGCAUCAUACGUGAA